AUGAAACUUAUCUUUGCUGUCUAUCGUACUUGUGUUCGACUUAAUUCAGGUAUUACGCACGUGAAUAAAACGCGAGCAAUGACCUCAUUUAGAAUUCCGUUGCAUCGUGUUAAAGGUACCCAUUAUGAAUGUGCACACACCAUAGGAAUUUUGACGCAUGAAGUAAUUCGUCAUCGUAUUGCUAAUGAUCUUACUUAUUUAUCAAAACUAUUUACAUUCGUACAAACUGAUGAUGGUCGUAGAUUAUAUCAAGAUUUCGUGGAAAAAAUACGUCUAUUAUAUCCGUGGUAUUGGGAUGAAAUUCGUGGUUUAGCUGAUGGUUCAAAUAUUGCUUUAGAACAAAUACUUGUUUUAAACUUUUUGAAUGAAACUCGAACAGCUUAUCGUUUAUCGGAAGAGAAGAAAAACUCCGACAAUGAGACUGGUGAGAAAGGUUGUACCACUGUAUUGAUUAAUCGAAAAGAUACUAAUACUUUAUCAUUAUUACAUAAUGAAGAUCAUUCAGCGACUUUAUUUACGACAAGUUACCUUGUUGAAGCCGAUAUUCAAUCAAGUAAAUAUAAUGAUGAUAAACGAGAAAGUCCAAAUGAAAAAUUUAUCGCUUUUUGUUAUGCUGGAUCUAUUCCAGGAAACGCUUUUGGUGUAAAUAAACAUGGCUUUGCAUGUUCAUUAAAUGGACUUUAUCCAAAUUUUGUCGGACAUGGUCGUCUACCAAGACAAAUAGUUAAUCGAGCAUUACUUUCAAUACAAAAUGAAGAUGAAUUAGAUAAAUUACUUCAAUCAUCACCGAUCGCAUAUGGGUUUUGUAUCAAUGGAGGUUUCAUACAUCAAUCUCAAUACUUACUUAACUAUGAACUAGGUCCGAAUUUAAACAUUGAUAACGAAAACUAUAUUAGCAAACAUCUUAUUAUCAAUAGUGAAGAAACUGUUGAAAAGGAGAAAAACUUUUCUACAGCAUUGAAUUUUCUUGUUCAUUAUAACCAUUACGAACAUUUAAAUGAUGUUAUUAUUCAACAGAAAGCACUUGAAUCAUCAUAUAGUCGUUGGAGACGUGCUCAAGAAAUUGGAGAAAUAUUUACUAUUGACGAUGCUCUAUCUUUAUUGGGUGAUGAUAAAAAUCAAUUGUUUCCUAUCUUUCGUUUACCAAAUCAAACUAAUAUUAAUUCUGCAACACUAUGCACAGUACACAUCAAUUUUCUAACCUUAGAACUUACUGUUUAUCAAAGCAAUCCAAAAGAAAAAAAUCAAACAACAUUAAUUUAUAAUCUAGGAGAAUUGUUGAGUUAG